UGAUUCCUAAUUGGGUCUUGACGGAUACGAAGGCCCAGCCCAACUAAGUUGAUGUAUUAUAACUUUUCCUCUCAGUUGCCUUUCUGUAACGGCGGAGCUGCCGUCGCCUCUUCUCGGCUACGUCUCACCUUCGCUUCGAUCUUCACGUCGGUGGAGGCAAUCUUGGUAGAUCCUGUCACUAGCAAUGGCAACUUCUUUGGAUCAAUGGAUGAGGGAGUUCAAUGAAGCAUCAAGGCUUUCUGACGAAAUUAAUGCUAUGAUUUCUCAAAGGGGCUCUUUACCUCCGUCAGGUCCUGAAACCCAACGUCAAUUAACUGCAAUGAGGAGGAAGAUAACAAUUCUUAGGACUAGAUUGGAGAACUUGGAGGCCCUUCUUUCAAAGCUUCCUAGCAUACAGCCAAUAAAGGAUAAAGAGUUGCAUAAGCGACGAGAGAUGCUAUCAAAUCUAAAAUCUAAAGCAACUCAGAUGGCAUCCAUAUUAAACAUGUCCAACUUCGGAAACAGGGAGGACUUGCUUGGAGAUAGUAAAAAGCCAGUUGAUGUAGCAACAAGAACUGCUGAGUUGGAUAAUCAGGGUAUUAUUGGUUUACAGAGACAGAUUAUGAGAGAGCAAGAUGAGGGCCUUGAAAAGUUGGAGGAGACUGUGUUAAGCACAAAACACAUCGCAUUAGCAGUUAACGAGGAAUUGGAUCUGCACACAAGAUUAAUUAACGAUCUGGACCAGCAAGUUGAUGUAACAGACUCAAGGCUACAGAGAGUUCAAAAGAGACUGGCAAUCCUCAACAAGCGCACAAAAGGCGGUUGCUCGUGCAUGUGUCUGCUCUUAUCCAUCGUUGCAAUUGUAGCUCUGAUUGUUGUGAUUUGGGCUCUCAUCAAGUACUUGUAGUAGGCGGGACACAUCAAGAAUGUGACGAUGCCAUCUUCAAGUGUGUUAAGUUCCUGCUAGUAUUUGCUUCCGAGGCUUUAUUUGUUGAGUUGCACUCGAUACCCGAGAAAGUAAGGAUACGCAAUGUCAUAUUCAAGCAAGCCAGUCAUUCUCAUGUGGUUUACUUGUCGAGCUUGCACUAGUGAAAAGUGAGGAUAAUGUUGGGUGACUUUUGCAUUUAUUCAACACAAAAAUGAAAUUUGAGGUACCGCUUAGGAUCCGAGCAGUGUUAUGACCUUAUUGUGCUAUAUGAUGUGUGCUUUAGAUUGUGGAACUUAAAUGUUUGGAUUGAAAUUGUAUUGAUGAAUCUCCCCUUUCUUCUAUAAUGAAUGAUUGAGCUUGUUGUGAA